UAGGCGUUCAUUUUCGACAGCUCGGUUAGAAUUAAAAUCUCGUGUAGAAAUCUCAGAAAAAAACACAUUUUAUAUUGUGAUAAUAUUCUAGUCUUAGGUUUUUUACGUUCCGCAAAAACUUUUGAUUUGACAAAUGGCACCCAAUCACCGGGAAAUCUCGCCAUUCCUGAAGCUCGUUCGCGACUUUCUUCUGGGUCGCAAGCACCUGACCAACAACCGCUACGCGGAUACAGUCAGUGCUCGUAGCCAGACUCCUCCCACGAUUCCCGAGGGACCUCCCACUCGGCUCUUCGGCAAUCAGUAUUACCUGAGGGAUCCGCGGCGUCAGAUGGGGCCGCCCAUUGACGUGAUUGAGCAGAAGAAGAAGGAACUCGCCGCGGCCAAGGCUGCCGAAGCUGCUGCCAAGGCUGCUCCCAAGGACGCUAAGCCUGGCGCCGUUGCCGGACCUGCCCCCAAGGGUGGCCCGGCGCCGCCUCCUGCACCUGCACCUGCAUCUGGCAAGUGUCCUCCUGCUGCUACUGAAGGUGCGAAGCCUAGUCAAGGGGGACAGCAGAAAAACGGAUCUGGGCUUCCAGUGCCGGGAAAGAUGCACAAUUGGGAUUAGGAAAAAGGUCGAAGGUUUUAAAUUUAAAGUGAUUUACAGACAUUUCAAGUGAUUUACAAACUGUGCAUGCACCACAUUAAACUUCUCUGCGCUCAUCA